AGAAGAAGGAGCGCAAGUCGAAGUAGCAAGAUCUGGACGUGGGAUACCUUUGAUGCGUAUGAAGAAGGGGAAAUCGUCGUAGAUAUUUACUACAAAGCGUAUAGGGUGCUGCCUGCUUCGUAGAAAAUUUCGAAACACUACAUUUAAUUGUAUAAGGUUUCCAGCGACGCUCAAACAGGGCGAUGAAAAAACAUAUGUUGUUCUUUAUGGGAUCAUGCAGUAGUGGGAAAUCAACAUACCAUCGUGCCCUUGUUGGACUUAGAGGUUGUAGUCAGUACAGGUUUUUCAAGACUUCAAGUUAGUACUAAAAAUCAACAGCUGGUCCUUAUAUUAUUUUAUCACUAGAAAUAGGCUCUUUAUUUUGUGAGGUGCAGGAAGAGCAGUUGUUCUACUGACGACAAGUCAACAUCAUGAAUACUCUGUAGGUAGUGACAUAGUCAGCAAAUAACAUGACAUGCGACCGCAAGCUUCCGUCCGCUGGUUGGUUUAGCAAUCGAAGAUAUAGGACGCGCGUUCGUCCAUCUGCUAUAUUCUAUGGGCGAUCGGAUCCUAUCCUAUGCUGUCUUAUCCUAUGCUAGCCUCCAUUCUAGGAGACAAGUGACAUGCUUCUGCAGAAGUGAUGAACUUGGUUGCUGAAGGAAUGCACAGAAGAUGCUGCAAAAAUUGACUGAGAGGCUGCAAAAAUUGACUCAGUAGAUCUUAGGCAAUGUAAACUAGCUCUCUACGGCAGGGCAGCUACCAGGACAAACGGUGGCUGUUCCAGGCUCUAAUAUACUUAGAAUGACUGAGUCCUCGAUGACUGUGUCACUCGGUAGCCUGUCGUCGC